GAACCACCACUGGUCGGGGGGGGGGCAGUUGCUCGAAGAAAAUGGCGUAUGUCGUGUGGUCGAACGUGGUGUUUCUCUCACAUUUUUAACUUUUUUCAGUGAUUUCUUACCGCAGUUUCUCUACAUAUUCAAAAAAUAAUAAGAAAACACAAUGCAGGGACAAGACAACCUUUCGAGUUCGGGGGACCACCGGUUGGCCUUAAUUCACGAGAUGAGUGCCCACAAUUUCGAUCUGAUCCGAUUUGCCUCAUACCGAACUGCCACAAAACUCAGAUUUAUUCAGAAAAAAGUCAGCCUACAUGCUGUUGAUAUUUGGAAUGUGAUAGAAGCGUUCCGGGAGCAGGGCCUCCACGCCUUGGAGCCCUCCUCAGAACUUAGUGUUGCCCGGCUUGAGACCCUUCUGUGUUCGCUUUACCACAGUCUGAACAAAAGGGCUCCACCUACGCAACAAGCGCACGUCGAUGUGUGCUCCAGUUUACUGCUGAAUUGGCUUCUGGCCGCUUAUGCCACUGUAGAUAAUGUGGGAAAAAUCCGUGUUUUUUCCAUUAAGGUAGCCCUGGCAACAUUAUGUGCCGGAAAAUUAAUGGAUAAAUUGCGAUACAUUUUUUCCCAAAUAUCCGACAGUAACGGUCUCCUCAUUCAAUGGCGUUUCAACGAAUACCUUCAAGAAGUGUUGGCUUUGCCUGCAGCCGUUUACGAAUCUCCCACGUUCAAUUAUACCGAUUCGCUCGCAAAUUCAAUUUUCAAUCCUAACGUUAAAAUCACAGUGAAUGACUUUUUGGAUACUUUGAUGUCCGAUCCUGGACCACCGUGUCUGGUGUGGUUGCCAUUACUUCAUCGAAUAGCUAAUGUAGAAAACGUGAUACACCCGACUCAGUGUGAUGCGUGUCAAAGGGAGAAUUUCAGCGGGUUUCGUUACCGGUGUCAGAAGUGCCCCCAUUACACUUUAUGCCAGGACUGCUUCUGGAAAGGGAGGGUCACGGCGCCGCACACGCUGGAUCACCAAGUCAAGGAAUACUCAUCUUUUUCUCCUAGUAAAACAAUCGGACAGUCCCUGAGAAAGUCGUUUCGUUGCGUGCCCGACAAGCAGAAAAACAACUUGCCGCGCUUCCCCGAACAGCCCGAGAAAACCCUCAACCUUUCGCACAUCGUGCCCCCUUCACCGAUCCCGUCUCACAAUGGCUUCCCCGAUGGUAACAAUUUCACGUCGCAUUUCGACGGAAUGGGUAGUUUGGAUAGCAGAUCGACGGCGAGAAGUUUAGACAGUGCCCGAGACGAUGAGCAUAAAAUGUUGGCGAGGUACGCGGCGCGAUUGGCCCAAGAAGCGCGCUCUGGCAUGGCGAGAAGCGGUUACCGAAAAAACUCGCUUUCUCCGGAUACGGGGAGAGUUCCUUCAGAGGCUUGUUUAGGAAUGGACUCGACGCGGGCCCAACGCGAGUUAAUCAGCCAAUUGGAAGCGAAAAAUCGCGAAAUUAUGCGAGAAAUCGCCAGGUUAAGGCGCCAACAAGAGUUGGAAAACAGCGGCCACGGCACCGAAAAUCCGGCCCUAAUGAACGAACUCAGAGCGUUACGUAUGCGUAAAGACGAACUCGAGACCCACUUAACCACCUUGCAGGAUUCGCGUCGUCAGCUGAUGAUCCAGCUUGAAGGACUAAUGAAAAUGUUGAAAAAUCACCAGAGUUCUCCACGGUCCACACCGAACUCAUCUCCACGAAGCACAAAGUCUCCUCCGUUACUUCCAGGUGGCGCUCCAGCCACACAACCGCCUCGUAGUGCCCCACAGACGCCCAUGAGUAUGCCUCCUACCAAUAAUUCCAUUGUGACUGUUAGUCAAGCGGAACGGCCGACCCAUGUGGGACACCCCAUGGGAGGGAUUCCCACUUCUGUCCAGGAAAGAAGUGAGAGGGUUAUGCAUAAUAGCGAUUCUUUGAUGGGGGUUGGAGGGGACGUGAGGAAUGCGUUCGGGGGGGCUUCCAAUGUCAGCAUGGGUUCCAACGGAAAUGGGACGCCGGGCUCCGUGGGACGAUCGUUGAGGAACGAUUUGUUAGUGGCUGCGGAUUCUGUAACUAACGCAAUGUCAACUUUAGUAAGAGAACUCAAUUCAGAACCUUCGAAUCAGCCAGAAGCUAGCGUAAUCAGAAAACCUUUAGAUUUCGAAGAUGACGGUGAAGACGAGAGUGACGGCGGCUGGCAGCAGGAACUGCAGCGUCGCUACGCCCAAGACGCCAACUUCAUGGCGGAGUUGCGCGCACGGCACCCCACAAGCCCCCCGGAAAACCACCCCAGCCAAAAUUACAACCACCACCAGUACCCUGCCCUUAACCACCACCACCCCAACCAAGGCUACAAUGCCCAACAAAAUUACCCCAAUUACAAUCAGGCCGAGCCCAAUCAAAGCCCGUUCGGACCGCAGACCCCGAAGAGUGAACAACAGUCUGUCUUGCAACAGCAACAUGAACAAAACAACGACAACGGCGAAGAAAUUCCGAACCGAGAAGGGAUGAGCAAAGAAACCCUCCAGUUUGAAGAAGCACUAAAGCAAUGGGUCAAUCGAUAAAACUAGAAAAUCUCUCUAUAAUAAUACAUCUUGUCCGUGUACUCUCAUUAAGUAUACCAGUAAAAAAAUAUGUUCAUUAGUGGUCCUUUGACUAUACUGUUGAGUGUGUCGAGGUCUGAAAUUUUUUCCGGGAAAGAAGAUGGCUUGUUAGAUUCCAUUAAUUCGUAGGUACUACAUUAAGAAUGUAUAUAAAUAUGGUAUUAAGUGCUUUGCACCCAUAGUUCCUUUUUGUAUAAGAUUAAGUGAUGUGCGCAAAGAUUUCGGCUUAAGAUAGCUGGACCAAGAUACUCCUCUAAUCUAUAUUAGUUGACACAACAGUAACCAACCUUCAUGCUUGUAUAACAUUUGGAACUUUCAUACUUUUAUUAACCUUUUCAUGAAAAGUACAUAUUAACUGUAACUCGGACUUAUGUAGGUCGUUGUUGUAAUGUCUAGUAUAUACUUGUAGUAAAAAUAAGGACGAUUAUGACGAUGGUAUUAGUUAUUCGACUGGUUGUUGCUUUGACAUUACCUAGGGUAUUAUGGUCAAUACUCAAUUGUACAAUUUUGUUGAUUAUGUUGUUUGAUUUUAUUGAAUAUUUACGAAUGUCUGAUGUGAACUAAUUAAUAAAUGAUGAAUUGGA